AUGCAGGUGAUGGUGAUGGAGAAGAUAUCUAAGCCAGAAUGUGGGAUCAGUGGAGAUGUUAAGCUGGGCAACAAACUGAGGGUGAAUUGCAGCGUCUUGCAAGGUGACCGCCCCAUACAGUUCCACUGGAAAAAAAUCACCGGAGAUCGGUUGUUUCCUGAGAACCGGACCCAUUUUGACAGCAUCCAAGCAGUUACUAUCAACAUCAUCGUCAUCCUCAUCGUCGUCAUCAUCACCGUUAUCACGAUUACCACAGUUAUGAUUUUCGGCUACUGCAGCAUGAAAUUCAGAAUUGAAAAAUUUCAACUUCUUCCCUGUAAGUGGAAGUGGAUGAUUGGAAAGAGGCGAGGCCAGCACAGUGCAGAGGAUGAUUGCAUGAACGUUGUACUGAAGUCAUGGAUCCAGUUGGAGGCCGAGCUGCUGCGCCAUCUGUUUCCAGAACCUGUUGUCGUCCCUUCAUAUGAAACUCAUGCCACAACAUCCAGACUUCAUGAUGUCUUUAGAGUAAAGUGCAUUUUCCACCGUCUGCAUUUGGCUCCGAACCACAACUGCAGACUGGAAGAGCUGCAGAACAUCAAGUAUUCAGUGUGUGUGUGUGUGUCUGUCUGUGCAGCCUGCCACUGUAACCUGCACGCGCGCCGCUGCCGCUUCAACAUGGAGCUGUACAAGCUGUCAGGCCGGAGGAGCGGCGGCGUCUGUCUCAACUGCCGCCACAACACGGCUGGACGCCACUGUCACUACUGCAAAGAGGGUUACUACAGGGACAUGACCAAAGCCAUCUCUCACCGGAGAGCCUGCAAAGCGUGUGAUUGCCAUCCGGUCGGCGCAGCGGGGAAGACGUGUAACCAGACAACGGGACAAUGCCCCUGCAAGGACGGAGUGACAGGAAUCACCUGCAACCGCUGCGCGAAGGGCUACCAGCAGAGCCGCUCUCCCAUCGCGCCCUGCAUCAAGAUCCCAGUUGCAUCUCCAACAGCAACUUACAGCAGCUACGAGGAGCCAUCAGAUUGCGACUCACACUGUAAAGCAUCCAAGGGAAAGAUGAAGAUCACCAUGAAGAAGUACUGUAAAAAGGACUAUGCUGUCCAAGUGCACGUUUUAAAGGGAGACAAAGCGGGCGAGUGGUGGAAGUUCACCGUCAACAUCAUAUCCGUCUACAAACAAGGUGAGAACCGCAUCCGCCGCGGCGACCAGCUGCUGUGGGUGCGCGCAAAAGACGUGGCCUGCAAGUGCCCCAAGAUCAAGCCCGGGAGGAAGUACCUACUCCUGGGCACAGACGACGACUCCCCCGGGCAGAGCGGCGUGGUGGCCGACAAGGGAAGCCUGCUCAUCCCGUGGAAGGACCUGUGGGGCCGCCGGCUGAGGAAGUUUCAACAGCGCGACAAGAGGGGGAAGUGCUAAAAGUAGCUGGAGAUGAGAGAAGGGAAGAGAAUAAGGGAGAGGUGAAGGCAAAACAAUACCUCUACUGGGAUGAAUGCAAGGAAGAGGAGAGGAUAGAUGAAUAAUAAUAAAUAAAAAAAUCAAUAAACUGGAAGAAUAAAAGAUAAAGAGACACAGGUGAAAAGUAGGAGAGAUGGGGAAUGACUGAGUGCUGCUGCUCUGAGUUGGAGCAAAGAGAUUAGUUUGUUUUUUUUCUAGGAACUUUUGUGAAGGAGCUCAUUCUACAGUUGUUCAAUUUCUGUUUGUCUCUCAAGGUUUGUUUUGUCCUUAAUUUGCAGAGUUUGCACCUAAUGUUACAGAAAUGUCCCUUCCUUACUAUUUUACCCAUGAUGCUGUCGGUGUUUUUUUGUUGCCGUUUCUUUUUUUUUAAAGUCCCCCCUCAGUUCAGUUGUUUUUAAAGAGCAAUGAAUCUACUGUAUCGACCUUGUGCUUCAGAGCAUCGACUUCACCUCCCUGUUUGAAAGCAUAGCACUGCAGGACUCCACUCGUGUAUGAUAAGUUCCUCUUGCAACCUGCCAAACUUUGAAGAAACCUUUAUUUUCACCAGCUGAAAGUAAAAACAUUGUGAAAGUGUUUGUAACUGUGGAUAGAGUGCCAUUUUACCUGAGAGCCCUAUGCUCGUACGAGUGUUACCUCAGUGUUGUGGGAACAAAACUGCCAUUCUAUGAUCCUCUCCUUAUUCUGUAUAAUGACCUAUUUACAUGCAAGUCUUUUGUUCGGCGCUUAUCAGUGUACUGGCAGUAUGACGUGGCUGUGACCUCUCUGCAAUAUAAAGUAACCAUACGUGCAUACAUAGACCUUAUUUUUUAGUAGACGGUGCCGUAGCAUCAACUAGAUGUAGAGUAGACAUGUCAACCAUGCACUUAUUUUUACUAGUCAAAAGUUUUUUAGAACAUAUGAGAUAUGUUCAAUUAUAGAGUGGCAUCCAAAAAGAAAAAUAACCUCAUACUGUGUUAUAUCAUGCAAAAAGAAAAAAAAAAAGAAGCUGUAUAAGUUCAAAAACCCUGCUUUUCUUAAUGAUGAGUGUUGUGUACAGGCUGAUGUAUCUUAGUGGACAGUAAAGGCCUUAACAUACUUUAUUCUGUGUCUGCUGAGAGAGUAACGCACAUGUUCUCCAUCCAGUUCCAUUCACACUGUUCAAAGUAGGGCUGCACAAUAUCGGGAAAACAUGCGAUGUAGGUUAUUGGGACGGCGAUAGGACUCGUGAUGGAUAAAGAAAUACUUUAAACUGUAUUGUAUAGCUGUUUCAUUGUUAAAUGAGUUCACACAAUGCCGAUUAAGCCACACACCUCUCUCUAUGUGCUGCUUGGUACAGCAGUGUUACACGCAGGAAGUGAUUCUUCUUACACCAAGACAGAUGGAAGCGACAGAAACAUCUGUGGUAGAGGAGUGAGACGGCUGCAGACGGGUUGGAGUAAGACUAAAAACACGAAGAAUGGUCCAUGGAAAAAAACAGUUUUUGCCCCCGCCCACCUCCUGCGCUGCCUCCGUAUACACACAAACACUCCCUGACAGUAUUGUAUGAAAGAGCACAUGUUGAAAUGGAGAACGCAGCAUACGAAAUAAUGUACAGUGUGUUACCGAGGCAGAAUAAUAACAUCAACAACAAGAACAAAUAAAUCACAAAGAGUUACGCACUGUAGCUUUAAAUGUACGGCGUUAAUCUCCUCCUACUUUAGGUUCCAUGUCAACAUAGACCCAGUAUUACUGAAAAAGCACCGUCUGCUUCUCUUAACCUCUGACUACUUAAAUACAAAUCCGGAUACAACAUUUUAAAUAAAAGCAAAUCUACACUUUGUGCACUUCAAGCAGUCUUUGCGAUAUGCAUACAUCUUCUACGACGUGUAUAUUGCACGUGCUGUGAUGAUGGUACAUUCUCAGUAUAUUGUGCAGCCCUAAUCCAAAGCAGUCGCAGACAUUGCACACAGGAAGGAGUACCUCAUCCCACAUUCAAUUCCACUCCAUUCCAGUAGGGGCAGGGCACCAGGAGCAGAGGCUCUCUUCAACUUCAUUGUUGUCUGUUUUCUUGUUUGUCAAUUGUCAAACCAAGAAGGACUGGAAGAGGGAACAUAUAUAUACAUAUAUAUAUAUACACAUAUAUAUAGCACCAGGAGCAAAACCCGAGCAGACAUGGACGACAAGAUUUACAUCAGUUUAUCCGGGCACACCUAAGUAUCAGACAUGAGCAUUCACUUCCCGAUAAAGGACUAAAUAUAAGUGGGAUGUCCCACAUCUAUCACGUAAACCUCGACCGCAUGCUCCCUCUUUACUGUAGCUGACUGAUAGCUAACAAUGAUUGUGAAUUAUGUACACAUUUGAGUUGUAUACAGUAUUCAGUGUUGUGGAAAUAUAACCUGUGGAGUGAUGAAAUGUCACGUGUGUAUUGUGCAGUGUGCGGUUGGCGCGCUGCGUGUCAAAUGUCAAAUGUCACCUCAAAAAUGCCUCUUUUUGAGGACUGGAUUUCCAUUAUUAUUAUUAUUAAGACUUGGUACUCGACGAAAAAGGCAUGACUGAAUGUCUACGUGUGUGUGUUAUAUAGCUGUAUAGUGUUCCUUUAUAUUUUUUUUAACCUUAACUAGUUUUAUCUGCUUUGUGGACUUUAACCAGACCUUUUAAAUAAUUAGAAGUGUAAUAAAUGAGAAGACAAGUAAAUGAAUGUCGGACGAGUUUUUUACAAUUGGAGAGUGUAUGUCGGGAGGAUCACACACUCACACACAGUGGGUUUACACUCAUGUAAAAACACGGGUUCAUCUCAGUACAUCGCAUUUGAAAUUUUACAGCAUACUAACGAAAUCUCUGCCAACACAUCUGUACAGACACAUUUCAACUUGAUUUGCCGACGUUAGAUUAAAGGUACUCCCACCAACCAACCAACCAAACAAAC